ACUCUCCCACAAGUGGAAACAUCCUCUCUACAUCCACUCUAUCCAGGCCUUUCUCCAGUUGUGGAAUAGACACAGUAGACCCAAAUACAAUCUUUCUCCCAAGAGGAAAACUACUAAUUAUUGGCUAGCCGUCUGAAACUCACAACUUCACAUCUCCUGUUUUCUUGGCUUUCAUAUGGUAGUUUGUCAUUCAGCUUUAAGGGCAGAUCAUAGGGCAGUUUGCCAGCUGACCAACACAGUCGUCCCCUCUGUACCUGCUGUGGGAGAUCAGUGAAACGUCACUCUUCAUUCUGGCUGCACCGAGACAGCAAAAAGUUGGAACGACAUGUCCACGAUGGUGCAGAUGAAUGAGAAGCUGAGUGCAGACGAGAUCAUUACUGGCACCAAGCAGGUCAUCCAGGGCUUGGAGGCUCUGAAAAAUGAGAACAACACCAUUCUGCAGAGCCUGCAGGAGACGCUGAAUGGGUUGAAGGAGGAUGACGAACUUCACCUGGUGCAGGAGAAGACCAGCCUGAUCCAGAGGUCGCUGGAGAUGAUUGAACUAGGACUGAGCGAGGCUCAGGUGGUGACGGCCCUGUCCACCCACCUCAGCACGGUGGAGGCGGAGAAGCAGAAGCUGCGAGCGCAGGUGAGGCGGCUGUGCCAGGAGAACCAGUGGCUGCGUGACGAGCUGGCCAGCACGCAGCAGAGGCUGCAGAAGAGCGAGCAGGCGGUGGCUCAGCUGGAGGAGGAGAAGAAGCACCUGGAGUUCAUGAACCAGAUCAAGAAGUACGACGAGGAUGAGGCAGCGGAAGACAAAGACAGUGUAUUGUCAAAGGCUCCGCUGGAUGAUCUUUUCCCGAAUGAGGAUGAACAGAGUCAGCUGCAGCACUCUCACAGCAGCGCAGCAGCAGCAGCGCAGCAGGGGGGCUACGAGAUCCCGGCAAGGCUGCGGACCCUCCACAACCUGGUCAUACAGUAUGCUUCACAAGGGCGCUACGAAGUGGCCGUCCCACUCUGUAAACAAGCUCUGGAGGACCUGGAGAAAACCUCAGGCCACAACCACCCCGAUGUGGCCACCAUGCUAAAUAUUCUGGCCUUGGUGUACAGGGAUCAGAACAAAUACAAAGAGGCGGCGAAUCUUUUAAAUGAUGCCCUGACAAUCCGGGAGAAAACUCUCGGCCAAGACCAUCCAGCGGUGGCUGCCACUCUGAAUAACCUCGCCGUGCUUUUUGGCAAAAGAGGAAAGUAUAAAGAAGCUGAACCACUGUGCAAGCGGGCUUUGGAAAUCCGGGAAAAGGUACUGGGCAAGGACCACCCCGACGUGGCCAAGCAGCUGAACAACCUGGCGCUGUUGUGUCAGAACCAGGGCAAGUACGAGGAGGUGGAGUAUUACUACGAGAGAGCUCUGGAGAUUUACCAAACCAAGCUGGGACCGGAGGACCCUAAUGUGGCCAAGACUAAGAACAACCUGGCUUCCUGUUACUUGAAGCAAGGCAAAUACAGACAAGCCGAGGCUCUGUACAAGGAGAUCCUGACAAGGGCUCACGAGAGGGAGUUUGGGUCUGUCGAUGGUGAUCACCGGCGGCUGUGGGUAAACUCCGAGGACAUCGACGACGCUAACAAGGGCAGAGUGGCCCCUUCAGGAGACUACUGGGACCACACUGAGCCUCCAGUCUGCUUCACAACCUCCAGUGAUGCAACAGGACCUCCCGAUGCCAAUGGAGUUCAACAUCCACAUCGAGAAGAAACCAAAAUUGUCCCUGCCACCAUCGGGAAUAAAACAGAUUCCUCACCGAAGGCAUCUGACCCUUCCCCGGGCACAGCCCCCUGCCGAUGGUCCCACCCCUACAUCUACCUGGACACGGGGGCUGUUCUAUUUGCAAAGGGCCCAGGGGGUCAGGAGGAAGUGAGUAUGGGCGUGGAGUGGAACGGGGACACUCUGGGCAGCUUGAAACGCAGCGGUUCCUUCACCAAACUCCGUGACUCUAUUCGGAGGAGCAGUGAGAAGCUGGUUCGUAAACUGAAGGGUGUCACCGCACAAGACACCCCGCCUAAGAUGCUGGGGAUGAAACGAGCCAAUUCCUUGAAUAUUCUGAACCGGGCAGCAGGGUUACUGGAGACACCUUUCAGCGCCCCUCCAGUGGUUUGAUGGAGUCUCGGGGACUGAGCACCAGCCACAGCAACCUGGCCCGCAGAGGAUCACUGACCGACUCGGGCUGAGAGGAGUUUGUACGAUGGAGAGACGAGGAGUGUCACACGCUGCAUUCCUGGAUAAACACAAGUGCUGGAGUAACACAGCGGGUCAGGCAGCAUCUGUGGAGAACAUGGAUAGGUGAUCUUUCACAGAGUGCUGGAGUAACUCAGCGGGUGCAGCAGCAUCUAUGGAGCUAAGGAAAUAGGCAACGUUUUGGGCCGAAACCCAAAGGAAAUAGGCAACGUUUCGGGUCGAAACCCGAAGGGUUUCGGGACGAAACGUUGCCUAUUUCCUUAGCUCCAUAGAUGCUGCUGCACCAUAACUCAGAGGGUCAGGCAGCAUCUCUGGAGAGAAGGAAAGGGUCGAAACCCAAAACGUCACCCCAUUCCUUCUCGCCAGAGAUGCUGCCUGUCCCGCUGAGUUACUCCAGCACUUUGUGUCUAUCUAUCUAUGAUCUCCCAUCCGAGGGUCUCUGCCACAUUGGGACGGGGAGGUUCUGGUCUGUUGAUGGGCCUAGUGUAAAUUCAGGCCACAGUUGUACAAGCGUGUACAUGCGGGGAAUUUCGUGACCAUACUGGGAUCCAGGAGUAUCGAGGCAACCUGCAUCCACACGCCAACCAGCACCUUUCUGGUGAGUUUUCGUCGUCAGGCUCUGAAACACUGUAAUAAACUAAUGAAAACUGUGUUGAAAUUUUACAAUGUUAUUUAUGUUUUGGGUAUUAAAUAAAACAGAUUGUAACUG